CAGGUGAAUCAGCUCUAAACCACUUCUGCCUCCACACCGACGUUCUCCGCCACCAACCCAGUUUAACCGUUGUGUAAAAGGUUUGAUGGAGGACGUGAUGGAGUGGGAGGUGACGGAGCAGGACGUGGUGGAGCGGGAGGUGAUGGAGCUGGGCGUGAUGGACCGGGCCAGGGUGGACCAGGUGGAGUUCCGGAGCCGGGGCCAGAGUAACAAAGAGUACUGGUUCAAAUGGAGGAGGAACCGGAUCACGGCCUCUGUGGCUCAUUACAUCGCUCGCUCCCGCUUUGCCAACGGGAGGAGCAGAGCCCCGCCUGCCUCGUACCUGGCUCUAAUCACAGGUGAGGGGCCCGGAGUCAAGACCAGAGCCAUGACCUGGGGCAUCGAUAAUGAGGCCAGGGCCAUCCGCCAGUACAAGCUGGAGACGGCGAUGCUGGGCCGGAAGGUCUGGGUCCAGAAAUGUGGACUCUUCAUCGACCCCCAGAAUCCCUGGUUGGGUGCCAGUCCCGACGGCAUCGUGAUGAACAGACGCAGAGGCCAGCGGCUGCGCGUCCUGGAGGUCUAUUGUCCCUACAAGCAUCGCCACAGUUCGGUGGCGGACGCCUGCAGGGUCAACCGCGACUUCUGCCUGGAGAUCCAGAAAGGAUCAGGACGGCCCGUCUACCGCCUGAAGCCGAAGCACCGCUACUUCACGCAGGUGCAGGUCCAGAUGGCGGUGACGGGGCUGCCGCAGGCCGACUUCGUCGUCUUCACACUGAAGGAGACCGUCAUCGUCCAGGUGGACUUUGACGCCGAGUGGUGGGAGGAGACGCUGCCCAAGCUGGACCGGUUCUACCGGGAAGCCGUCUUGCAGAAGGGGCUGCGGCCCAAGAUGCAGGAUCCGUAGAACCGGCACCGGAGUUCUGCUGCGCGUAGUGUUCUGAGCAUCUAUUAACCACUGUGUUCUGUGAUGACGUCAGU